AGAAUUCAUCCACUGACCAUUUAGUAGUAAAAAAAACAAACAAAAACAAAACAAAACAAAACAAAAAAACAUUAGAAAAAUUAAAAGCAGAGAUAGCUGGAUUUUUCUCUGAUAGUUAGUUCCACUGAGUACGUCUCUCUGGACAUAAAGCAGUGAAGCAAAAGAAGGAUUCAUUGAGAUCAGAUGUCUGAUUCCAGGGUGUCCUCUGUCAUCCAGGAGUGGGCAUACCCGGGUCAGGUCCACCCACACCCCCAGAGCCUGAACCCUACCACUUCCAACCACGCUGGCUCGACCAAUCAGCUGACCCAGAUGGACAUGAUAUCGUACAGCCAGUCUCAGGGACUGGUGAGAGGGGGCAGCGAUGACAGAGUGGCUGAGCAGAUGAUGGGACUGUCCUACCUGCCGUACACCACCCCCUGUCUCAGCAACACCUCGAGCUCGGGGAGCACAAACCACAGCCAAAGCCACGUCAGCACCCAGCAGGACUUCUCCUCCUUCCUCCUGCCGGCUCUGCGGGCCCCGGUCAACAAGAGGAGCAUCAGCAAGGACAGCACGGAGUACCGCCUGCGACGCGAGAGGAACAACAUCGCUGUGAGGAAGAGCCGGGACAAGGCCCGCAGGAGGAUCCUGCUGACCCAGCAGAGGGCCCAGCAGCUGCAGGAGGAAAACCAGAAGCUGCAGAUGAGGAUAGGGCAGCUGACACAGGAGCUGGACACUCUCAAACACAUCCUGUCACAGCGGCACCUGCACGGAGCCGAGGACGGAGCGGCAGGAGAGUCUAACAUUUAGAGUCAUCAUUGUCAGCAGGCCUCUGACACUCACAGUCACAUAUGCAAGAAGUAGAUUUGAAAAUGAAGCAUUUUGUGGGGCAGUAGAGGUUUAAAAUAUGCAGUAUGUAAGAUUUUCAGUUUAAAGCAGUCAAAAAUGGGCCAAAAUUAUCAGCAGUAUGUGAAGAAAAAAACACUUUCUGUCAUGUCAAAGAGCUCACAUAGAUAUCUAAUGAAGUUAGACUGUUAACCAGCUAGAGCCUAGCCAGUCCAACUCUUACAUAUUGCACCUUUGAGGACCUAAUUAUAAGUUUUCUAAAAAAUCAUGAAGAAAGAAAGCAGAACACGCUGGCAGGUCUUUAGACAAUCAUGCCAUGUCCCCUCUCUCUUUUCUGGAAAUAACAGGGUUAUAGAAGCAACCAAGUGGACGUUUACGCUGCCUUAAGACCUGUAAACUGUCUCCAUGCCUGCUGAGCUCUCUUUUUCUGCAACACAGUACAUAUUCAGCAUGCACUGGUAACACUGGUGAAUUUAACGCUCAAAACUGUAUUUUCUGAAACAAAGGGUCUUCAAAUGAAAAAAAAAAGCAGCUUCUUACACAGAUCGUAUCAGUUGUAGCUAGCUAGUGUAUGCUAAUGCUACUGCUAAAAUCCCCCUGUGGCCAUCUGAGGAUGACCCUUUCAUUUUUGCAGGUGCACGCUUUUUAAAAGAGGCGGAUGUUCGUAACAGAUAUUUUUUUCUGGUGUAAACUGUGACGUGAUUAAAUGAUGUUGUUGACCCCGCCCCUUUGAAUAAAAGGCAGCAUUUGGUAGCCUGUUAAGCUAGUCAGCUGAACAUGCUAACGUUUGCAGCUUCCACUCUUGUGAUUUUGGUUUUGAAAAAAGCAAAAUACAAAAAUAGCAGUAAGAAAACACAGCUGUACAAACUCUUAAUACAUACAGUACAUAAAGUGUAUUGCUAUUCCCAAAUGCACACCUUCAUCAUGUGGAGAAGCUUACCUGUCAGCCAUAUGUAGUUAUGGCUGCUAAGCUAUGUUGGCGGAUUGCUGUUUGGGGGUUUAAUAAAUAGUAAAUUAAAGUCAUGACAGUGAGGUAUCAGCCUUUAAACAGCAUUUCAUAGCGGGUUUUUUUUUUCUUUUAGUUUACAGAUGAUAAUCAGUAACAUUUAGCUAAAUAAAUAAAAUGUAUAUAAAAAAAUACUGGAGGCUUAUUUUCUGGGUUAGAGAGUGCAGCUUCAGUAUUUCUGAAAUUGUGGCCCUGCACACCAGAGCUUUGAUUAGAUUGAUUAAACAGAACAACACAACAUUUUGAAGGAUGGACCAUGAAGUCUCCGCAGGAAGAUGUGUAGUGGGUUUGAAUGUAGGUGCUUUUAAUUCAUUACAUGCUCUAAACCGAGACUGCAUCGUGCACAGAAACUUCCAGUGAGUCUGUCGAGUUGCACAUCAUACGAUACGCAGCAUAAAGCAGCUGUGUGAGAUGCAAAACAAGGAUUUCAUGGAAGAAAACAUCCAAAAAAACUGCACAGAUGGGCCCGGAGACAAACCGAGCUGCAUGAAGUUGAAUGUAACUGAUUCCAAAUGAACUUUCCUGAAUGCCUCUGUACAUUCACGCAUAAUCCUCACAGACCCUUCAAAAAGAAGACCCCUCUUUGCAUUAGCUUAGCUUGUCAUAUGAUCUGAUUUAACAGACAUUGCCUAAUCGUCUACCUGACACUUCUUGUCAUUGUCAGGGCUGAUUGUAAGUGUCGUUGCCCAACGAUGUUACACCACGACCUGCGGUUUGUAGGGGUUCGAAGGGGAAAUCUAAGUGUCCCUCUCCGUCUGAUACUCUAUCUUUUGUCACUAAAUGAGUGUGGGAUUACUUGAAAUAAUGUCAAUAUAAGAUGAUGUUAAUGUUGUUGAAUGUCUUUUAUACAUUUGUGAUACAUUGUUAAAGCAAAACUUUGUCCAAAGAAUUCUUAAAUAAACAAAUUAUUGCUUGUGCUUGUA